AAAAAGAAAAAGAAAAAAGAAAAAAUUUAAGGCACGACCAUAGAAGAUAUAACACGUGGUUAGAGGCCUCAGAGUUGUAACAUGAGCAAUCCACUCCUAAACACAAACGGAAACAGAAACAUAGCCACUGAACUUCUUCUUCUAUUCUAUAUUUUCUAUUCAUUCAUCUAAACACACAAACAUAGAAAGAUGCGGUUCUAUCCAGGCUUAACCAUCACACCCACCGAUCACCGCUUCUGCGUCCCAACCGCCACAAAUCCCGUCUCUCUAAGGCCCAUUAUCGGCCCAAUCAAAUGCCCAAACCGAGUCACCUUCUCCUUCAAGAAGCCCAGGGCCACCCUCAACGGCGCCGCUGCCACCGAGGAUAAGCCAGUGACGGCGGUUGCGGAGCUGAGCUUCUACGAGCUUCUAGGGAUUUCGGAAUCGGGGUCGCUGAUGGAGAUAAAGCAAGCGUACAAGCAACUCGCAAGAAAGUACCACCCGGAUGUGUCUCCACCGGGUCGGCUCGAAGAGUACACGAAGCGGUUCAUUCGGGUCCAAGAGGCUUACGAAACCCUCUCGGAUCCCACUAGGAGAGCCAUGUAUGAUAACGACAUGGCUAGGGGAGUUCACUUCGCCUUCAAUGCUCGUCGAAGUUACCACCACCGUGAUCAGGUGGUUGAACAUAAGAGCGAGUGGAAAUCUCGUUGGCAAUCACAACUUUCUGAGCUGAAAAGAAGAAGUAAGAGCAAGAGCAAGGAUGAAGGGAAGAACUUGUCAUGGGCAGCAAGAAUGCGCCAACAAAGAAAUGAAUCAUCAGAUGAAUCAUGACUAGGAUUUCCAUUAUUGUUCUCGAAUCUGUGUAUAUGUAUAUAUAUCUAUAUCAUUUCCACGUUAGUUUUUAGAUCAGAUAUAUAGUAUUACUUUCGGUUCACAACAUGUAGUUAUGACUUUUAUGGUAUGUUCAUAAAUUAAUGUAUCUACUACCAUAAACAAACUUUACCCUGAUACAUUAAUUUAUAAAUGUACCAAAAAAGCUGAAAUAACAGUUAUUGUGUGCCAGAGUGGUCUGGUGGCUGCAUUCACUAUGCUAACAAAGUGACAAACCAUUAUAGUUUGCCAUUGCCACUCAAGAACGGGAAGAAAAAGAGAAAGAGAAAGAAAAGGAAAGUGGUGCCUCUUGGCCUUAAUAAUCUAAUUAUAGUUGAUUAUUCUGCGUCACACUUUGUGAUAAGCAUGUAUUCUGGUGUCA